GGGACUGAUUGUGAGCAUACGUGACACAAAUAAAGACUGUAACUAGUGACAUGAUAUACAAUCGUCAGUUACUAGGUUCAAAGUUUAAGAAAAUUUUAAUAAUUAGUAUGAGUGUUAAUGAAUUGUGAAGUUUACGUGAUAAAUCUGAACUCAUGAGAGGAAUUUGUCUGUUCGUCUUCGUGUUUCACUGUUCGCUCGAUGGCGGCGUGUGGUCGCUGCGCAACCUGUCUAUCAGCGUACCACGCGCGGUGCUGUCGGGCGAAGGUCGGGCGGCACUCCUGCGCUGUUCCUAUGAUCUGGAGGGCGCAGCGCUAUACUCCAUCCGCUGGUACCGCGCAGAAGACGAGUUCUACCGCUACGUGCCGCGUGAGAUGCCGCCCACCAUGGUCUUCCCGCUCCCAGGAGCCUCCGUCGAUUUGGCGCAGUCGGACCACCAGCAGGUGCGCAUCGUGAAUAUGAACCGGCGGCUGAGCGGUGACUACCAGUGCGAGGUGUCCGCGGACGCGCCGCUCUUCCAUACCGACAUACGCUCCGCGCCGCUCACUGUAGUCGACCCGCCGUUCCGAGCGCCUCGACUUCUGGUGUCGCGGCUGAGUUACGCACGCAACGACCUGCUGCAGGCCAACUGCUCCGUCGACGAGGCCUACCCCGCGCCCAACAUCACCUGGACCAUCGAUGGCCAUAAGAUAGCUGAGACAAUCUCGUGGCAGUCGCCGGAGCAGGACUUCAAGGAGCGCGGCGCGUUCAGUCAGCUGGAAGUGAGCGUCGUGGAGAGCUUGCAGUACGGCGGCGAGCGGGCGCGGCACGCGGGGCACUCGGGGGAUGGGGAGCAUUUCGCAUACCGCGCAGACAACGAGCCCGAGAAGCGAGAAGUCCUAAGAUACACUCUGUCGGCGCCGGCGAGCGGUCAGUUCGCGCUGGGCUGCGUGGCCACCAUCUACGACGUAUACGCGCGCGGCAGCGAACAGGCGCACGUCAGAGAGGACAGCCCGCGCCCUGCCUCCGUCACCGGGGAGGACUCCUCUGGUAUCCAGACGCUAUGCAGUUUCGUGCUGACGUGUGUUUGUGCGUGCGUUGCGCUGCUGAGGGGGUUAUGACCCCCCGAGCCCUCGCCCGCCGCCCCGCGCCGGCGCGCCCUCUAACGCGCUCAAACUGAAUGUUGUGAUAGAUAAUAAUAGUUGGUGAUGUAAAGACGCGCUCGCGGAGCAGCGGCCGCUCUGCACUCGGUACAUCUAUGUAUUUAUGUACGUGUCAAUUCCGAGUAGAUGUUGACUCGCUGGUCGCAGGCCGCAGGUCGCGGGACGUCGGCGUCGCGUCAACUAGUCGUAUAAGAUACACUUAUUAAAUGUUGCAGAUUGCUAUAUGUAAAUAAAGUCGUGAGUUAUCAAAA